AUGCCCACUGCGUCCUACACCCUCCUCCAGUUCGGCGACGAUCCCCUCAGACACCGCCUCGUCGACAGCGACGGCCGCGAUGCCUUCACAAUACAAGAGGUAGCCCAAAAUCCCAACCCAGUCGUGCGGCUCACCCGCGAGGCAGCCUGGUCGCAGCAGCACCCAGACAUCAUGGGCCCCGACAAUUCGUUCUUCUACCUCGGACCAGAGUCCACCGCAGGCUACAUCGUCUACGGCAAUAAUCGCACCAACAUCCCCAUGAGCUUCUUCCUAAGGCCGGGAAAACAAAAAGGCAGCCUGUCGCGAUACUUCAGGUGUCAGAACGGGAGGGACUACAAAUGGAGGAUCGGCUCGCAUCGCAUGGAGUGCUUGGACUCCGGCCGGACCACACUCGCGACGUGGGAGGUCAGCGCGCCAGACCAAGAAUACUACGCGCGCCUCGUAAUCAACAAGAACGCCAUGUCCCUCGUCACCGAGAUCGUGACAACACUCGUUCUAAACCGCAUGGCGCUAGCGCUGGGCUGGUAG